AUGAGGAUAUUUAUUUUAUUUCUACCAAUUUUCAUUCAAUGUCAACAUAUUGAUGAUUUAGUUGACAAACUUCGUCAUUUAGAAUCAUUUGUUGAAAUUCAAGGAGGAAAUUUUCGAAUGGGUACUAAUGAUCGACAUGGAAUUAAUAUGGAAUUUCCGAUCAAACAAGCACAUGUUAAACCUUUUAGAAUAUUUCAGUAUCCGGUAACAGUUGCCGCUUUUCGUCGUUAUACUCAAGAUAAAACUCGUUAUCGAACUCAAGCAGAAAUCAAUGGAUUUAGUUUUAUUUUAGGAAAUUCAACAAAUAAAUCUAUCGUUAAUAUUACUUCUGAAGAUGAAGGUUUUAUUGCUGUUGAAAAUAUUCGUUGGAAUCGUCCUGAAGGUGAAUUAAUUGAUAUAUCUGAUCGUUUAAAAUAUCCUGUAACACAUGUAUCAUGGUAUGAUGCUCAAGCAUAUUGUUCUUGGAAAGGAAUGAGAUUACCAACAGAAAUUGAAUGGGAAUAUGCAGGACGGGGUGGACUUGAUUCAAUUUUGUAUUCCGAGUGA